AUGGCGGCCCCCACGGCUGACCGACUGGCGGCGGCGCGCGAGGCGCUGCGGCGCGCGUCCACCGCCAGCGGCACCCCUUACAGCGACCUGGCCAGCAUACCCCUCGGCCCCGCCGCGGCGCAGCAGGCGCAGCAUGCGCAGCAGGCACAGCUGCCGCAGCCCCAGCAGCAGCAGGCGCUGCGGCCCCAGCAGGGGGCUCAAUCGGAGGCUCAGGGGAUCCGGGGGGCUCCUGGUGGCGACUUGAGGGUCGGCGGGUUGGCGGGCGACUGGGGCGGGCCUGGCUCCGAGAGCCCUGGUGGUGGCGGUAUUGGCGGCAGCGGCGGCUGGCCUGGUGGCGGCGGCGAGGCGGCACCAGGGUGCGCAGAGGCUGCGGCGUGGGAGCAAGCGCCGCUGCCGUCGCAACAGCCAUGGCAGCCGAGACAGCAGCCGGUCCAGCAGCAGCCUCUGGCCCCGUGGGACAUCCCACGGCCGCCGCCGCUGCAGCAGCAACAGCCGCAGCCGCCACCUCAGCAGUCACUGCCACCGCCACUACAGCAGCAGUCGCAGCAGCCGCGUUCGCCUGUCGCCCCGUGGGACAUCCCAGCCAUGCAGCAGCAGCCACAGCAGCAGCCACAGCAGCAGCCACAGCAGCAGCCACAGCAGCAGCCACAGCAGCAGCCAUCGCCGCCGCCGCCGUCGCCGCCGCCGCCGCAGCAGCACUAUUAUCCGCAACAGCGGCAGCAGCAGCAGCAGCAGCAGCAGCAGCAGCAGCAGCAGCAGCAGCAGCAGCAGCAGCCGCAGCAGCAACAGCAGACAUACACGCCCCAGCCGCUUCCUCCCGGCAGCGCUACCUCACUACCCCCCAGCCGCCCCGCCCAAGGCGUUGCCCCCCAGGCGCCGUCCCCGCCGCCCGCCCUGCGGCGCAGGAGCGCGUCGCUGCCGUCCGGACCCCCCAGCCCCGGCAUGCGGACGCCACGCGUGACCAGGGGGGCCGCGGCGGGGGCGGCGGCGGUGGAGGCGCCCCAGUGGGGGGUGGAGCUUCGUGCGGUGGUGAAGCGCGUGACUCACGAGGGUGACACCAGCUUCAAGGUUCUCACGGCCAAG